AGUGGGAGGGGACAAGCCGCCGACAAGCGGCAGAGACUUCCCAGAGACGUCGAGCUCUCAGCCCCGCAGCCGCCACUCGGGACCAGAAGGCAGGGGCAAAGCCGGCUCUGUUUGUUUGUGUGUGUGUCUGUCUGUUUUUCUGCUGUGUCUCCCAGCAACUGGAAGCGACCCGGCUUCUCCAUCUUUCUCGCUGGGCAGGGCAGGGCAGGGCCCCGGCGGAAGCGGGGUGGGUGGGAGGUGGGCGGCGGCAGCAAAGCACGAGGAUGCUCGCAAAGUGAGCGUCUCUCCUUCGGUCGCGAGAAAAGGGUGGCGCGGCGAUCCAGAUGCAAAGCCCAGGCGGCGACCUGGACGGCGGUGUCCCCUCCGCGGCCUCCUCCUCCUCUUCCCUUCCGUCGCCAAUGGCGCCGGGAGGGUUCGGAGAGGGCAAUGGCCGUGGUCGGGCCCCGGAUGGCGUCUUCAACUUGAACCCUCGGCGUCCCCCGGAACUGCUGGAGGAGGUGGAAAAACUGCGGGAGGAGAAUGACACCCUCAAGAAUGAGAUAGAUGAGCUGAGAACUGAAAUGGAUGAGAUGAGGGACAGCUUUUUUGAAGAGGAUGCAUGCCAGUUACAGGAAAUGCGUCAUGAAUUGGAGAGGGCUAACAAAAAUUGUAGGAUUCUACAGUAUCGUCUUCGGAAGGCAGAGCGCAAAAGACUUCGCUAUGCACAAACUGGAGAGAUUGAUGGAGAACUUCUUCGUAGUUUGGAGCAGGACUUGAAGGUUGCAAAAGAUGUUUCUGUAAGACUUCAUCAUGAGCUGGAAAAUGUGGAAGAAAAACGCACCACCACAGAAGAUGAAAAUGAAAAAUUACGACAGCAAUUAAUAGAAGUAGAAAUAACAAAGCAAGCUCUGCAAAAUGAACUUGACAAAAUGAAAGAGCAGUCCAUGAAAAGAAGAGGAAGCAAAGACUUGCAGAAAUCAGAAAAAAAGCAGCAGACUCCCACUGAGGAGGAUAAUGAAGAUCUGAAAUGCCAAUUGCAGUUUGUCAAAGAAGAAGCAGCUCUAAUGAGGAAAAAGUUGGCCAAAAUAGACAAGGAAAAGGAUAGAUUUGAACAUGACCUACAAAAAUAUAGGUCGUUAUAUGGUGACUUAGAUAGUCCUUUACCAAAGGGGGAAGCUGGAGGCCCGCCUACCACAAGAGAAGCCGAACUGAAACUUCGUCUGAGGUUAGUAGAGGAAGAAGCCAAUAUCCUGGGAAGGAAAAUAGUGGAACUGGAAGUAGAAAACAGAGGGCUGAAGGCAGAACUUGAUGACUUAAGAGGAGAUGAUUUCUCAGGGGCAGCCAAUCCCCUAAUGGGGGAACAGAAUGAAUCUCUCUCAGAGUUACGGCAGCAUCUGCAGUUAGUUGAGGAUGAAACAGAACUAUUGAGAAGAAAUCUUGCUGAUGUAGAAGAGCAAAAUAAGCGCAUCACAGCAGAGUUGAACAAAUACAAAUACAAGACUCACGAUACUUCAAGGCAUCAUGACAGUGCCAAGACAGAGGCUUUGCAAGAAGAGCUCAAAGCCGCCCGCCUGCAGAUCAACGAACUCAGUGGUAAAGUUAUGCAACUUCAGUAUGAGAACAGAGUCUUGAUGUCCAACAUGCAGCGCUAUGAUCUGGCCUCACAUCUGGGGAUCCGAGGCAGCCCCAGGGACAGCGAUGCUGAAAGUGAUGCAGGGAAAAAAGAAAGCGAUGAUGAUUCACGUCCCCCCCAUCGCAAAAGAGAAGGGCCUAUUGGUGGGGAAAGUGACUCGGAGGAGGUCCGAAACAUCCGCUGCUUGACCCCUACGAGGUCCUUCUAUCCAACACCUACAGGAUGGCAAAAAAGCUUCACAGACCGUCAGCAGAUGAAGGAUAUUCGCUGUGAGGCAGAACGCUUGGGCAAGACGAUAGACCGCCUGAUUUCAGACACAAGCACUAUCAUAACUGAAGCAAGAAGUUAUGUGGCCAAUGGAGAUCUGUUUGGACUUAUGGAUGAUGAGGACGAUGGGAGUAGGAUACGGGAACACGAACUUCUUUAUCGGAUCAAUGCCCAGAUGAAGGCCUUCAGGAAAGAGCUCCAAGCUUUUAUCGACAGACUCGAAGUUCCAAAAUCUUCGGAUGAACGAAGUACAGACGAACCUUUGUCAGUGAGUCAGAUAAAAAGUGCAGAAGUUGUAGUUUCUGUAGCAAUCACUGCUGUAAAAACACUGAAGACUUAUUUGUUUGAAAACAAUGGGAACAACCCUUACCUUCCAAAAUGUGGAUCAUAAAAGAAGUAAAAAAGAAAUAUUCCCACCACUGAAUCUGACUUCUGCUUACCAGAAAAGUGUAACCAGAAGACAAAGGAGAGUAAUUGAUGAAUAUCUUUUGAAAAUAAGGCUGUGUAUAUAGCACGGUACAACAACCUACUGCAUUUCUCAGCUUCAGUAUAGUGUGACUUGCUAUAUCAGAAUCACUGCUCACCAGAAAUACAAAGUUUUUACCAAGAGAAGAAAAGAAAAGCAAGGUUACAAAUUGAAAGAAAUCCAUGGGAAGGAAAGCUCAUGCUUUUGAGAGUUGGAAAAUGUCCAGAAGUUCUCAGAAGUGAGAAUAAUGUGACCACAUUUGCACGGAAGUUUCUUAAAGUGGCCAAAUGGGAAUAAGCUUCUGGACUACUAUCAAAAUACCUGCUAUGAGAAGAAUAACUCUGAAGGAACUCCCUUGAACUUUGGCUGAGGGAUCUCAGUGAAGCUAGGUUUAUUUUCCAUGACCACAAUCACUUCUAUGCAAGUGCACAUUGGUCAAUAACCUCACUUUUUGACAUGCUGGAGAAAUGAUGUUGAUUCUUAGGUCACCCUUCCAGUCUUCAGUGUUUUUAUCAAUGAGAGAAGGAUACCCCUCCCAUCACGCAUAUAGAUAGAUAGAUAGAUAGAUAGAUAGAUAGAUAGAUAGAUAGAUAGAUAGAUAGAUAGAUAGAUAGAUAGAUAGAUAGAUAUAGCUCAUGCAUGGUAAAUUUUCCUUUAAAUGACAUGCUAUGGUUCCUCAUCUCCAUACAUUUUUUUAAAAAAUUAAAUACUGUAUAAUUCUGUACAUUCUGACUUUUCCCACAAGCAGCAGGAAGACAUGCUGUGUGCAUGAUCAUAUGUUUAUAGGUGCAUGUGUUGGAAUAGGAAGUAUUACUAGUCUGUAUUUAGAUGACACAAAAUUAAUACUACUGUUGAUGCUGAAAUUAGACAUGCCUAUUUGUAGGCAAACAUAUACAAACAAAACCUUUUGUGGUUUAUUUUAUUUGAAGAUAUAUAGCUCUGGCAACAGGUAUUUUCAAAAUACCUUUUACAGGUUUCACAGGUCCACUAUUUGAUAUAAAAAAAUGAACGCGUGCAUUUUUGUAAUUGUAACAACAGAGAAAAGGCGUUCAUAUAAAAUGUACUACUUAGCUCAGUGGAUUGAUUUCUUAUUUAUGCUUAAUACUCUUUCCCUCUUCUUUACACUGCUAGGUCAAAGUGAGCUGUGAAUAUUUUUCUGACUUCACUGAUCUACCACUUAUAACUGCAUUUACCUUUUUCAGUGCACAGACAUUUGUAAAGCCCAUCAUCUCUCUUAACAUUCUGCCACUCAUGGUAAUCCAGAGACUGGUUUUCAGUGGAAUUACUAUCCAGCAACACUGUUGAGCAGAGAAGGAAGAACCAGGCCCAUGUCUGUACAACAUCUUAGGGCAUAAAUAAAUAUUUUUAAGAAAAUUCAGGCCUUCUGAUAACACUUGCCUUGUGUCGUGACAUGUUGGUGUCCCUGCCAAGUAUACUCAGUGAUACGGGGAUGCUGAUGUGAAGGAAAAUGAACCAUGUGACAGAGUGGGAUGGGAUGGGGAUUUAAUAGAUAAAUACUAUUUUGUAGGGACGACUUCAUGCCUUAUGAAGUUUUUUUCUGUGUUUAAACAGUUUUCUUUUUAAAUAACCUAAAAGUAAUGUCUUUUAAAGUGGUGUCCAAGAAUAUACAGUGACUUACCCUUACCUGCUGAUGUCCAGGAGUAUGUUGUAAUUUCUGUAAUUCCCAAUUAGCACAGCCUUGUACUGAAGUCCAAAAUAUUUGGAAAUUAUCAGAUAGAAGGCUGGUGUAUAUAGUUAAUAAAAAAGUUCCAAAGGUGUCAAAGGUAUACCCAUGGAUUUGAUGCCAUUUUUCUCCCCUUGUCUUAUUGAUCAAGAGCUAUCAGGAGAUAAGGUUAAUCUAUUUUGAACAAAAGCAAAAUAGUAAGCGCUCAGUGGAACACAGUUCUGUAUUCAUCCAUGUGAAUCUGUUUUUAUUUUUGCUUUUUAAGUGACACUGGACUUCUGGUGGUCAGAUUAAUCAUAUACGUUCUUCUCAUUGAAAUGCUUUUAGUAAUUGGGUAGCUUUGCUUUUGAAUUGUGCCUAGUAUCCAGCGUAGAUAUGUUUCAGGUGCUUAGAAUCCAGACUGAUUAUUAGCUAUCGCCUGUCUCUAUGUGAGUGAUUGUUUUAAUACAGUAUGUGUAUAGUCUGAUUGAGUUUCUCUUCCAACAGUCUAAAUGAAAUAACAAAUCCUAUUAAGAUGCCUGGCUAAGUGUCAUGAAAUGGGCCCCCUUCCACCUUUGAAUUUUCAUCCCCUUGGAAUUUCAUAGGAGGAAGGAGCAGACAGCAUUCAACUAGCCUUUUUAAAAUGUUCCUCCACAACAGCGGUUCUCAACGUUUGCGUGACGGCGACCCCUGUCACACAAACGUUAUGCGCAUGCGCGGCGCGGCACGCAGGGGGCGGGGCCCCAUGUGCGGCGCACAUGCACGGCACCCCCCAUGCGCGGCGCGCAUGCGUGGCGGCGCCCCCCGGAGGUGCGGCGCCGCCCCCGGAGGGGAGAAAAUGGCGGAUCGCCGCCUUUGGCGACCCCCAAAAAGUGGUCGAUCGACCCCAAAUGGGGUCGCGACCCAUAGGUUGAGAACCGCUGCUCCACAAGAAGACAAGAGAACAGCCUGUGUGUAUUAAAUAAUCCAUUUCAUGCCAACAAAAGCUAAAUUCUGCAACCUGUGAACUUGCACACGCUCUAAGCAAAUUUGUUUAUACAGGUAGUCCUCAACCUACGACCACAGUUGAGCCCAACAUUUCCAUUAUUAAGUACGAGUGCAGUACUGCAGGCCACUUUAGCUGACUGUGUUCAGCAGGUCAGCGGUUCAAAU